AUGCUCAUCAUCCUCGGUGUCAUUUCCUCAGCUGCUGCAGGAUUCCGUUCCAUUGCUGAAAAUGAAGACGCCCUCCUCAGACGCUUAUUCCAAGGUUAUCAGAAAUGGGUUCGCCCUGUAUUAAAUUCUAAUGACACCAUAAAAGUAUAUUUUGGAUUGAAAAUAUCUCAGCUCGUAGAUGUGGAUGAAAAGAAUCAACUGAUGACAACAAAUGUGUGGCUCAAACAGGAAUGGACAGACCACAAGUUACGCUGGAAUCCUGAUGAAUAUGGUGGAAUUCAUUCAAUUAAGGUUCCAUCGGAAUCUCUCUGGCUUCCUGACAUAGUUCUCUUUGAAAAUGCAGAUGGACGUUUCGAAGGCUCCCUCAUGACCAAAGUUAUAGUGAGAUCUAACGGCACUGUCAUUUGGACCCCUCCCGCCAGUUACAAAAGUUCGUGCACCAUGGACGUCACGUUUUUCCCAUUCGACCGACAGAACUGCUCCAUGAAAUUUGGAUCCUGGACUUACGAUGGUACCAUGGUUGAUCUCGUUUUGAUAAAUGAAAAUGUUGACAGAAAAGACUUCUUUGAUAACGGAGAAUGGGAAAUACUCAAUGCAAAAGGGAUGAAGGGCAACAGGAGAGACGGCUCUUACUCCUAUCCGUUCAUCACUUACUCCUUUGUCCUGCGCCGCCUGCCCCUGUUCUACACCCUCUUCCUGAUAAUCCCCUGCCUGGGGCUGUCUUUUCUGACAGUGCUCGUGUUCUAUUUGCCUUCUGAUGAAGGAGAAAAGCUUUCCCUAUCAACCUCUGUUCUGGUUUCCCUGACAGUUUUUCUUUUAGUAAUUGAGGAAAUAAUUCCAUCUUCCUCAAAAGUCAUUCCUCUCAUUGGGGAGUACCUGCUGUUCAUUAUGAUUUUCGUAACCCUGUCGAUUAUCGUUACUGUUUUUGUGAUUAAUGUUCACCACAGAUCUUCUUCCACUUACCAUCCCAUGGCCCCCUGGGUUAAGAGGCUCUUUCUGCAAAAACUUCCUAAAUUGCUUUGUAUGCAGGACCACAUGGAUCGCUACUCUUUCCCAGACAAGGAGGAAAGUCAACCAGUGGUGAAGGGUAAAGUUCUAGAAAAAAGGAAACAAAGACAGAUUAGCGAUGGAGAAAAAGUUCUUGUUGCUUUCUUGGAAAAGGCCGCUGAUUCCAUCAGAUACAUCUCAAGGCAUGUGAAGAAAGAGCAUUUCAUCAACCAGGUAGUACAGGACUGGAAGUUCGUCGCCCAAGUUCUGGACCGAAUCUUUCUGUGGCUCUUUCUGAUAGUGUCAGUUACAGGCUCUGUUCUGAUUUUUACUCCUGCUUUGAAGAUGUGGCUACAUAGCUCCCACUAG